CACCCAUUUCACACUCCCACAACAAGUGAGCAUGGCACCUAUAUCCCUAUCGCUGUCGCCCUCAAGGCCAAAGGCUGCUAGCUACACGCCCGUCCCGUUCUCCCCGUACUCAGACGACAACGCCGCAGUGUCGAAUAACGUCCAGCCCCGUUACGCAGAGUCAAUCGUAUCCGACACACCAACGUCUCCCGCCUCGAUCGAAUCCUUUGACAUCCUAGACUCGAUUGCAUGGCGGAGGGGUUACACAUCAUAUGAGACACACGAAAGCCGGCAACGGGCCUACGAAGUGCUCCGCAAAAAAUGGAGGAAGAACCGAGCGCUGAUCAUAGCUAUACUUCUGCUCUUCACGCUGUUCGUAGCCGGCUGCGCCAUAGGCGGAUGGGCUGUUGUCCGGCACGAAAGCAUGCGGGCCAAAGAGGCAUGUCUAGCCCGUGAAGGUGGAGAACGCUGUAACGACCCCGCAUGGUCGAAGUGCGUUGCCAUCAACGGCACAGGUUAUUGCUCGGGCGUCAUGUGAGGCCUCCUCCACGCACACGCAUCGAUCGACCAAUCUUGGGCAUUAGCAGCGGCGAGCAAGCGACGCACACAACCACAUGCUCUGCUCGCGGCACGAAGAACAAGUCCCCGCGGAAUUGGGGUGCAAACGUGAGGAACGAGGUGUGCGCCCCUAGUGGGCAAACCCGCUUGGUAUGGUGUGGUAUGUUGAGCUUCCUAGUGUGGGUUGUAAGGGGCCUGGGCGAGCAGGUCUAGUGCACAACGUGCUGCGGUAGAAAGGGGGCCUCCUUCGGGUGAGGAACGAGGCUGUUGCGAUAUGUAGACCUUGACCUGGAUGGCGC